UGAAAUGUUUGUUAAUCUUUGUGGCUCUCGAUUUCCAAAUACCACGUGGGGCCAAACUUGAACGCUUGCAAGAGAAGAAAGCUUUACAUUGAAGAGAACCGGCCAAAGAGCGUGAGUUGCGGCAAGGGUAUAUAAGUGAGUUCCUGGCUACCGAGGGUCCACACUACUCUUCGUUCCCACACAGGAGACAGAGGUCAUUUCAAAGUUUGAAAUAAGAAUUGAAGGAAAACAGAUUUGUAAUGGCUCGCCUAGGCAAUUUGAAAUCUCAGCUCAUUUUGGCGUGUCUCAGCAUUUCGCUGUUUGUGAUGUGCAUUCACGUGUCAGAGGCCAUGAACGUUCCAGUUCCUUCUACUUCUUCUUCCUCCUCCUCUUCCUCUUCGACAUUCCCCCGAACCCUUCGCUACCGUCAGCCCUCAGUAGAUUUAUCUAGUAUCAAUCCUAUAGUCUUGAAUCAACGUCGAGUGGAACGAGCCAUCAGGAAAUUAUCACCUCUUGAAGAUUGGGGCACUGUUCUCCUCAAGCGACAAGAAGCGGUUCUCCAAGACCCUCGAUUCGUGAAUUGUAUGGGUGAGGCCGAUGGUCCUGAGGAUCCAAACUUUAUGAGCGUGUUUGCCAAAUGCUACUCAUUCUCAGGUCGUCCCAGAUUUGGCAAGCGCUCUUGGAAGCCAUUUACUGCCCUCAAGGAUAUGUACUAAUGCUACCCUGUUAUGUUUCAUUUUAAUGGAAGUGAUUACUACUGUAUGUCAACAUUGCAAGGAGCAUCUCCAAGUGUACCAGUACCUUUCGAUUAGUUCCACAUGAGCCAUUUUUUGGUUUUCUUUGUCUCAUCUCUUGAGGCACAGAUGAGACCCCGAAAAUCAUCCAGAUCCUUUCCAGUAUUCAGUUUGAACUACACACACAUUAAUCUCGACCUACACAAAGAUAUGUAUGAUUUAUCGUUGCCAUUCAAAUCACCAAAUGCACAAUUAACUCGAGGCUGGAGCAAAUACAUAUACGACUUCUGAGAGCAUCAUUUUAUUCAA